AUGAGCAUAAGAAGACGCGAUACAUUCAACAGCAAUGAUACUUCGAUCACAUCAACAAGUACUUGUCCGCCUCAGAAACCACCGCGUGGCUAUCCGAGAAAAGGUCCGGUACGAGUUGAGCCGCUCAAAGAUGUAGCAAAUGGCAAUACACAAGGGCAAUCUACCACCUCACCGGCCCCGUCACAAUGCCGAUUUUCAACGACGCAAAAAUACCAGAAUAUGAAGAAUUACUUUCGACGGCAGAUAGAAAAAUUGCAUAGAGAAAAUGGUGAGUUUUCGGGGUCUGAAGCAGUCAACAUACUUGAAGAAUAUCUCCAAGCAAACCGCGAGCAGUUUUCUGCUCAUGUGGUGAAAAGAGAAAACGCAGUAAAGGUACUUGACAUGUGGUUGCGCGAGAAUAUUAUAAGUCCAUUAAACAGCAUACAAAGACCCCCCACCACUUUUUCAAGACAGCAAACGAUCUAUGUACGUAAUGAACCGAGACGAAGAUCACAAGAUGUGGUGGUUUCUCGUUCACCAUCGUCGAUUAGUGUUGGAUGUGAUUCAGUGCAAGCCGUUAACUUUGUACCGAAUCCAGUACAAAAGUUUGUAACAAAUACAGUGCAACAAAAAACACAAAGUCGUCCUUUAGCAGAGGAAGUUCGGUUGCAUGACGCCGCUCUCUUUCGACUUCUUACCAUAGUUGAUGUCCCUAUGCUUGAUGACGUAACAAGUCUUCCCGGGCAUGAGUCGAAAAGUGUCUCAAUUCUAUCCUCAAUACUCUCAAAAAUGGGCUUCAGCGCCGUCUCUGCUGCAGUCCUGCACUUCAAAGAUGAAGAAGAAAUGGAUGAUCUUUUGCACAACACCCCAGCGAUUAAACCGAUAGUGCCGUGGUUCCAAAUGGCUCGCAUCUGCGCACCCACGCUUCAUUUCAAAUCUAGUGGAAGUGCAAAACCUAGCAAGACGGAAGUUCACAACUGGGCUAAACAAUCACUUCAAGCGGUUUCUAGUCGCUGUUCCUCAAUCACGCACCGUGGCUCAUCCCCGCUGAUUCCAACCGAAUUCACCUCCAUCCUGGGGGCUAUCGUUAAUCAAUUACUCGGCAAGAAGGGCAAAAAGACCAAACUGGCUUUGCAAUAUCUCUGCCUCAUGAUCCCCCAACAAGUACGUUCCCAUCUUGUUAAUGUCGUGCACUUCCUCCUUCGCACGAUAGGAACUGACGAAUACAUGUCUAUUAGGAGCCCUUUCUAUCUGGGAAAAAAGGGUGACAAUGAGAACUUUGAAGUCGUUCUGAAUGAACUUCGCCCCUUCAUCUUUCCGCAAAGUAUAGAAAUACCGGAUCAAAACAGCAUUGUCGAGGUUUUGAUGCAGUUGCAAAAAGAAGGAUCACUAGGAAAAGAGACGCCAGAAUUGACAUCUGACCUGCAAAAUAUGAGUUGUAGAGCGAAUGCAGAUAAAGCAACAGUUCCGAUUCGAUACUGUGAAGCUGAAUCGUCUGUGAAAGGAUUUGACGUUGACGCUGACUGAAAAACAGAAGAAAUGUGAGCUUUUCAAGCAGCAUCAUCCAAAGAUGUACAGGAGAUACUUUGCUCAUCUUUCAUGGUAACUUGUGCUUCUAACGAUUUCGUAUGCAUGACCUAUCGCUCAUAUUCUUUUUUUCUUUGAAUAGCAUUAAUUCAGAUAAUUAUGGUCU